AUGGCUUCUUGGAUUGCGAGAUCGAUGUCGACUUUCAUGGAAGAUUCAGGGGUCGUUCGCGGGGCCUUGGGGGCUGGUGCUUCGGCUUGUACGGCGAGCACAUUCUCAUCUGUCCCUCUCAGUAACAUGGACAUUUUGAAUCUCAAUGUGACGGCUGUGUACGACUACAAUGGGGCCAGCUCCUCAAGUGCUGAUGGCUCGGGAGGUGUCGGAGUAACGUCUGCAUCCAUCGGUGCAACAGCGCCUGCUGUGGAUAUUUGUUUGAUUCACAUGGCAUAUACCCACCCUGGACAGAAUGAUGUCGUCAACACAUGGAUUGGACUUCCCUUGGAAACCGACGAUUGGAACUCUCGCUUCUUGAUGAAUGGCGGUGGUGGCUGGGUGGCUGGUGGUGAGGAUGUGAUUCUCGAGCCCUUGAUGUCCGGUUACUCGUCUGCUUCGACGGAUGGGGGACAUAACACCACGGUCCCGACGGCUGAUUGGGGUUUGACCAGUGAGGGCAAUACGAACUGGCCUGCCCUGUGGGACUUUGCCAGUGUUGCUUUAGCGGAAGCGGCAGUUCUGGGCAAGAAGGCUACGGAGAUAUACUAUGGUGCGGCACCCAAGUAUUCCUACUGGAAUGGGUGCUCGACUGGAGGUCGCCAGGGCCAUUUGAUGGCGCAGCAACACCCGGAUCUCUUUGAUGGGAUUGUUGGGGGUGCGCCGGCUAUCAAUUGGGACAAGUUCAUCCCAUCUGAAUUUUGGCCGGUGUUGAUGGCGCAAGUACUUGAUACACAACCCCCUCUAUGCGUCCUUGAUGCCUUCACAGAGGCAGCUAUCGAUGCAUGCGAUGUGCUUGAUGGUGUUAAAGACAAGAUCAUCUCCUAUCCAGGCCAGUGUCACUUCAAGGCCUCCUCUAUGAUCGGCCACGCCGUCAAAUGCAGCGACCCGAGCGGAACAACCACCAUCACGGAGGCGAUGGCCAAGCUGGUGACUGCCUAUUGGGAAGGACCUCGAUCAGCCGCGGGCCGGUUCGAAUGGUACGGCUUCGACUAUGGAUCCGACAUGUCAGGCAUGCUCACGACGAAUUGUACUUCCGUCCACAAUUGCACGGUGAUACCCUUCAGCAUCAGCGAUGACUGGAUGAAGGUGUUCCUGGCUAGGAAUUCCUCAUACAAUACGAACAGCCUCACCCGCCUGGACUACGACCGUCUUUUUCGGCAAUCGGUGAACCAAUACGCCUCCGUCAUUGGAACGGAGAGUCCCGACCUGACGGAAAUGAAACUGGCUGGGACGAAAAUGAUUGCCUGGCACGGUAUGUCGGAUCCCCUCAUCCCAACCAACGGUACGGUGGACUACUACACGCGGGCCAUGAAGUUCGAUCCAGAGGUCGCGGACUACUACCGCUUCUUCCUAGCCCCCGGCGUAGGCCACUGCGGUGGUGGUGCUGGCUUCGAUCCCAGUGACACGGUCUUUGAUACCUUGCGAGCCUGGGUUGAGAACGGGACCGUGCCAGAUACGCUGGAAGGCAUCGCAACGGCCAUAGACCAUUCAAACAGCUCGGCUACCCGCGUGGGUCAUCUCUGCCCGUACCCCAAGGUCUUCACGUAUACCAAAGGAGAUCCGAACCAGGCUUCGUCCUUUACCUGUGUUUGA